UAUGUUUGAAGUUGAUUUUGAAUGCUUUUUUCUGAUAGUAGGAACUAUAUAAGCAUCUGCCAUAUGGUAGUUAAGAUAGUUCAAUCUGUUCAUUUAUGGGUGUUAGGAUAAGACUCCAAUUAUCUAAAUUUGAA